GUAGUGUGAACAGGAUGGGCAUCAAAACAAGGGUGCGCUUUUUAAUUAUCUUUAAAAUAUGCCUCAUCGUAAAAAAACACUGGGAAAAAACUGGGAGAAAUCGGUUUCGGCGCACUUUAAAAGGACGUAAAACGCAGCCGAGCUCCGUGUGAGUGUGGGCCAGUGAGAGCGCAGCUUCCUCCCCGCACCGCACCGCACGGCGCACGCACGCACGCACGCACGCACAGUUUGCAGACGGAGACGCUUUAGUCAGACUCAGAAUGGCCACCGCGACGCUUCAGUCGUUCAACGUGUUCCUGACGGACAGGUUAACCGCAGCCGCCGUCGACAUCUACGGCUUCGUCGAGAAAACGAUCGUUGACUACCAGGAGGAGGUGCACCGAACGAAAAUGGAGAACCAGAGGCUGCAGCGGCUGCUGGACCUGAUCUACAAACCCGAGAUCAGACUCCACAGAGCAGAUUCAAGUCAGAACAGUUUGCCCAGGCCGACACAAGGGGUUUGUUCUCUGGAGCAGCAGAUACAGAGGAAAAAUGCUAAAUUCCCAACAGCAUCUGUGUACACACAGGAGGAUCCGCCUAAGCAGGAGUGGAACCCAAGUGAGGGCCAGGAUGAGCCAGGCCCCUCUGAGGUGAAGGAGGAGGAGGAGGUGGAGUCCAAGGAAGAGGUUUGGAUUAACGGCUGCAGGGAACAGACGGAGGAGCAGGCGGAGGACAGCGAUGACGGAGACGCCCUAACGAAGGAGCUCAUCAAAACGGUGCAGCAGUUAGAGGACUGCAGAGCUGCAGAGGAGAGCAAAGAGGAGGAGGAGGAGGAGAACCCCAAGCACCGUGAGAAGACCAGCACCACCCUAUACCGCUGCCACAUAUGCAACUACAUAUUCACCAAAAAGAAUGUGCUGACGUGGCACCUCAAGACCCACGAAAGCCAAGGAAACUUUGACUGUCACAUAUGUGGCAAGCAGAUCCCGUGUCAGAGCAACCUGCAGAACCACAUGCGGGUCCACACGGGAGAGAGACCCUACAGCUGCCAAUUCUGCGGCAAGUGUUUCAAACUGAAGGGACACAUGACGGAGCACAUCAGGACCCACACAGGAGAGAAGCCGUUCAGGUGCCACAUCUGUGGCAAGUCCUUCAACAGAGGUUCCACUCUGAGAAAGCACGUCUUUGCAAAACACAAGGAGGAGCGGCCGUAUAAGUGUGAAGACUGCAAUGAGCUGUUCACUGAGCGGCUGCUGCUCAAGAAACACUUGCGAAAAAUCCACGGCAUCAAAUUGUGCACCAGUCAGAGUACAGCCUGAGGAGCUCACGCGCCAUCGGUGGUGUAUGUUGUGGUUGGAUGGAGGCAGAGAAAGAGGCCUGUGGUAGUUGCAGUGAUGAGCAGCAGCUACAGGCGCACGGAAAGAAUGGUGAUGUCAGGCCGGUAGGAAAGUGUCCUACUCUGUUCUAACACCUGUUCAGUAGUUAAAAUGCAGCUUACUCCCUUUCAUCCAUGUCUCUAAAGGCUGGAGGCAUCAUGUGACCUGCUUCCAAUCAAAUAUGUUCUGGUUGUAGCUCACAAACGUCUAAAAGAGCAUUUCACCCAACAUGACCUCAUACAGUAAGUAUGAGUCACCAGACGCUGAGCUGCAGACACUAUGGUAAAGGGACCUUUACCAUAGUGGGACAUAAACCGAUGCUCUUCUGCGAUGCAUAGAAGGAGUGAUACACCGUAGAUCUUCUUGCCAAAUGCAGAAAUGAUCAGGAACCAUUAAGUUUGUGAAAACAGUAUUACAGUGAAAUCACCAUUUAGUGCCACAUUGUCUUGACAAAGUGAGGACAUUUUUGCCGGUCCUCACUUCUUUGAGGCCUGUUUGAGGGUUAAGAUGUGAUUUUAGUGCCGAGGUUAGAAUUGAGUUUUGGUUCAGAUUAGAGCAAAGGUGAGAGGUCUGCCUUUAGUUGUGAUGGUUAGAGUAAGGGGCUAGAGAACGCAUUAUGUCAAUAAUGCGUUCCCCAAUAGUGUGUGGCGUGAGAGAGAUUCUCCAGCAGCAGCUGAGGUUCACUUCACUUCCUGAUGUGAUGGUUUAAAACUGUCAAAGUGAUUCCGUCGAGGGCUCUGCUGGUUUUCCACCGCUCCCUGUCCCAGCUCCUACUGAUUACCUUGACCACGUGGGUUCAGUUAAUGACACACCCGAUCAAGGAAAUCAGUGGAGAGAGUUGGAAAACCAGCAGGGACAGUGGCUGUCGAGGGCCGGAGCUUGACACGUGGUUUAAAAGAACUACACCCCUUCCUAGAUUACUGGAACGUUUUCUUUUCCACUCCUUUGUCCUUUUCCCACUAUUUACUUGAUGGCUACAGUUACAAGGACUUCUCAGAUUCAUAAUAUCUCAUGAUCUGAUUAGCUUUACCACUGAAAUCUGGUCUUUUACUAUUUAAUUAACCCGGCUUCAAACAUACUUUGUAUAAACUAAUGUUCAUACAUGUACACAUGGCAGUGGUAUAUUGUCUGUCCACUAGUGAUUUCUGUGUCACACAAGUAGUUUUUUAUAUAUUUGUAUAUUGUAUACAACACUUUGUUCUGUCUCAUUAUGAACCUGCUGUAAAGCAGCCAUGUAAACAUUAAAAUCUAAAGUUUGUGGUAAGUAAUGAAGGCUGUGUUUCUGAGUCCAGCAGAUUGAAGGUGAUGAAGUCCAGCCUCUGAGGUCAGGACACCACCUGCCUUUAAAGUGAAGCUGCCUCUCUAUGUUACAGGAGAACUUCAGUCAGACGCGCCAUUAAUGGAUUCUACAUAUGAGUUAGAAAUCUGUCAGGAAGUCUUACGAACACAUGGUGGUACUAUUGGGACCAGACUUCAACCCCAACCUGAAACCUGAUCUCAACUCUGCUGAACUGUGACUUCUUUCCACAGGCACCUCUCAAUCACUGGUUUCUCCCAACUAGACCACUUACUGUCUUGUUGUCGUUUCCAAACAGCACCAGGCCGGCCUUGGUGACGAUGCCGGGUCGGCUGGCUCCGGGGAUGUCCAGGGGCUGACCACUGGCUGUGGUACCAUUAUUGACCAAAGUGGAGCCAUAGAAGGUCACUUUCUACAGAAACACAGGUACAAAAUGUUGAAUCUGUGGUGCCCCGGUCCGGAAACUGAUGGUGACAACAAUGCAGCAUCCAGGUCUAUAGCAUCAGACCUGCUCAAAGGAAUGAGCUGUAAAGCAUUUGUCGGCAGUGCUAAAUGACCUCACCUGUCCCUCCACCUCGGCCCAGGCACCGGGCACUUUGUCGUUUCCUCUGAUCCAGUUGUGCAGAGCCUCAGCAGACUGGUUCCAGUCGAUCUGUCGAACAGAAGGAUUCUCUCUAAGCUGUUAGUCUGUCAUGGUGGUGUGGACCUGCCUGAGUUUAAACCCACUCCCACCAGGAGAGUCUGACUCUGUCUCACUUUAGGAUGCUUUUCCUGUUUCAGUGCUCACCAUCAACCGUUCUACUGUUUAAAGGAAAUACAGCUUCUUCUUACCAAUAUGUAUGGAUGUUUGGGAACGAAUAAAACCUCUCUACGUCAACUGAAAGCUGAAUCAUUGACCUCUCCAGUGUCCUGACACAGACUCUGCGUGUCCAGGUCAGUUUGAGGCAUACGUCACCUUAGCGCUGUCUUUUUUCUGGAUGCCCUCGUACGUGGCUCCCUCAUGCGGCUGCGUGAUCUUCGGGGCGUUGCCUUCAGCAAUCAGCCUGACUGCUUCCACCUGAAGCCAGGACAGAGCACAAUAAUCAAUAAUAUACCUUCAGACUAAUGAGAGGUGGUUGAGUUCAUCCUCAGUUUGUGCACUGAGACAAUAAUUAAGCCAAACAAACAAUGAUGUUGACUGAAGCAUUGUGAAGCAAGGUUUACUUCAUCAACACAUCAGUGGAGGCCUUAAUGCGGGUCCCUGCCCCAGUACAGCCACAGGCCAGUCUGUGGUUAUUCUGGGAAACAUCCAGGUGAAUGUGAAAAUCAACACAUCUUAGGAAACAUCUUAACAGGAUCCAGUUAGCUCAAUGUUGAUCUUGUUCCAUGUCCGUUGGAUGUGUUAAUAUGUUGGUCAUAACCAUUACGGGUUCAAUCCCCUCAGUGAGAGGUUGCUUCAGGAAGGGCAUCUGGCAUAAAAACUAGGGAUAAGCGAAAGGAGUUACCUUUUUAUUUUGUUGGUUAAUAUUUAUCUUGAUUAAUCAGUUUGUAUCCCAUCUAAUCUCAUCUGUCUGGCCGCUGUAUUAAGGGAGUGCAGUCGGUCCGUCAGCCGGUACUGACAUUCCCUGCCAUUACUUAUUUAUGUUGUCCUUGCAUUUAUAUCUGUUGAGUCUGUUUGUUUCCAACCCGUUGAGCUUCAUUCAGCAGUUCAUUCAUGCAGUUCAUGCAAGCUGUUUCACAGUUUGGCCAGCUUUAACCUCAGGCCACACAAACAUGUUAAAUGUUAACCACAGCAGCUGCAGACAAAGAACAAAGUAACACGCUGUGUCUUUGCCAUUAUCACUGUCCACCCUGCACCAGCUCAACACGACUGAACCUGGCUUGUUUACCCACAAUGCUUUGCCCCUCUGACCCACUUACUGUGCCUUUAACGCCCUCGGGGAACAGGAAUCUUUUGUAGAUGGUAUUAAUGGUGUCAUUGGGUUCCACAUCACACUCCUUCUGCAGCAGGAUGGGUCCGGUGUCCAGCCCAUCAUCGGCCCAGAACACUGUGAACCCAGCCUUUUUGUCUCCGUGGAUCAAGGUCCUGUGUGGUGACAGAGAGCAGUAAAGCCUCUGACUCCAACUCACCCAGCUCUCUGCUGACCUGCCCACAGCGUUACUCACCAGUUGAUAGCGGAGGCUCCCCUGUGGCGGGGCAGCAGCGACGGGUGGUAUAUGAUGGAGCCGUGUUUGGGCUGGUCAAUGACCUCCAUGGGGAUGAACUGGGAGCAGAAAGGCAGCACGUUGAGCUCAGCACCCGUGGCCUUGUACUGAGACACCACCUCAGCGAUGGCCUGACCCUUCACGCGCCAGCGGGGGAACUUGAACACAGGAACACCAUCGUUCUCUGCCUCAGUGGCUGUGGAAAAGGAGAAUCACAUGUCUGAACAUCAGGCGAAACAGAUGUCGAAAAGCCAA